GCAGAAAUUCUCGCGAGAAGUAGAGUUAACAUUGCCUUCCAAAAGGGGAGGAGGCACGGAGGUCUACCAGGUGGUAACGGCUGCUAGCUGAAUCUGAUCGGCGAGUAGUUUGAGAUUAGGUGGGAUUUGGAGCCGUGGAGAUGCGGAAGGAAACGCCACCUCCUUUAGUGCCCCCGGCGGCCCGCGAAUGGAACCUUCCUCCUAAUGCGCCAGCCUGUAUGGAACGACAGCUGGAGGCUGCACGAUACCGGUCUGAUGGGGCACUUCUGCUCGGCGCCUCCAGCCUUAGUGGUCGUUGCUGGGCCGGUUCCCUUUGGCUUUUCAAAGACCCAUGUGCUGCUCCCAAUGAGGGCUUCUGCUCCGCUGGAGUCCAGACGGAGGCCGGAGUGGCUGACCUCACUUGGGUGGGGGACAGAGGUAUUCUAGUGGCCUCUGAUUCAGGUGCUGUCGAAUUGUGGGAGUUGGAUGAGAAUGAGACACUUAUUGUCAGCAAAUUCUGCAAGUAUGAGCAUGAUGACAUUGUGUCUACAGUUGGUGUCCUGAGCUCUGGCACACAAGCUGUCAGUGGUAGCAAAGACUUCUGUAUCAAGAUUUGGGACCUUACUCAGCAGAUGGUACUAAACUCAUACAGAGCUCAUGCAGGGCAGGUUACCUGUGUUGCUGCUUCUCCCCACAAGGACUCCAUGUUUCUUUCAUGCAGUGAGGAUAGUAGAAUUUUACUCUGGGAUACCCGAUGUCCCAAGCCAGCGUCACAGAUGGGCUGCAAUGCCUCUGGCUACCUUCCUACCUCCCUGGCUUGGCAUCCUCAGCAAAAUGAAGUCUUUGUCUUUGGUGAUGAAAAUGGGACUGUGUCUCUUGUGGAUAUCAAGAGUGCAAGUUGUGCCCUCAGCUCAGCUGUGCACACACAGUGUGUCACCAGACUGGUGUUCUCCCCACACAGUAUUCCCUUCCUGGCUUCUCUCAGUGAAGACUGCUCCCUGGCUGUGCUGGACUCCAGCCUUUCUGAGGUGUUUAGAAGCCGAGCCCAUAGAGACUUUGUGAGAGAUGCUACUUGGUCUCCACUCAAUCACUCCCUCCUUACCACAGUGGGCUGGGACCACCAAGUCAUUCACCAUAUUGUGCCCAUAGAACCUGUCUCAGACCUCAGACCUGAGAGUACUGCUAAGUAGAUUGUCUUUAAGAAGAAGGCAAGCCCCCACGCGAGUCACUCCUUUGUCCUUGCCUCAGUUUGUGAGACAACACAGGAGACUUCUGUAGAGUGUAUUGAUACACUAAAUCUGUAAAGUUAAUAAGGCUUGUAUCAACCUGAGGGAAGCUAGAUUCUGGCAUACUGUAGUUGCAGCAAGAAAAAGCUUUCAAGGAUAUAUAUAUAUAUAUAUAUAUAUAUAUAUAUAUAUCUGAAUGUAUUUGUUGGGGGUUAAAAUCAUUCUCAGUUUUUUCAAGCACCAUUCCCUCCUCCCCAAAAAAAGUUGAUAGAAAGUUUUAUUGUUUACGAGUAGUUACUUGUGGGGAAUUAGCUCAGUUUUGGAAGCAGCUCCUAUGUUAUUUGUAGAGAUAGGAGCUACUUACUUUAUAGAGCAUAUUUCAUUAUUACGGGAAAUAAUUCCAUGCACCAGAAUCCAGCUCAGCUACUCUGAAGAAGAGGCAAGAUACUCACCAAAGUUUUGUACAACUCCUUGCCAUUAAACUGAAUCAGAAAUCUUUUUCUGGCUGCAAUUUUGGCUGGUGCUUAUGUAAUGCCUGCUCCUCUGCCCCCUGUGGCAUUGUAUAUAAUACAGAUGAGUGUUUUUCUGUCAUAGAUCCCAUAAAGGGAAGUUGGGAAUGAUUGAGAGCUUAAAGGUAUUUGAGUGAAAUUAGAAAACUGACAUGGACUGUUCCAGAGAAAUCUUUUGUCACUUCUCCAACCCAAAACCAGCCUGGGAUCUGACCUGCUUCUGGACCUCUUUCUCUGGAUGUCAGAAGUCUGAAUGUUGUGUUGUGGACUCCUAGGGCUUUUAAAUCUGGCAUCAGGGAAAGAAUGAAAUGCUGGUUGGUGAAAUAAAGUUCAUGUGUUUGUCUUUUUGAA